UACUAAGGCCGUGUUUCGGUGAGACCAUGGACAAUGACCAAGAGAGAAAGGUGACGAGGAAAGCCAACAUGGGAAGGUCGAGAAAGGGCUCCAUGAAAGGGAAGGGAGGCCCUGAGAACGCUACGUGCACUUUCAGAGGAGUCAGGCAAAGAACUUGGGGCAAAUGGGUGGCGGAAAUACGUGAGCCCAAACGCGGUGCUAGGCUUUGGCUAGGCACUUUCAACACUUCCACGGAGGCAGCGCUGGCUUAUGACGAUGCGGCUCGAAAGCUGUACGGCUCCUCCGCCAAGCUCAACUUGCCGGACCACUCCUCCUCCUCCUCAUCCUCCUCCUCCACAUCACCGUCUUCGAAAACGAGUUCUGCUGAUAAAGGGACAAAUAUGUAUCCCCAUUGA